CUUUUUGGCCGCCAUUUCUCUUGAAGCUCCGCCGUCCGGGCUUUGCUGUGGGUGCUCCAUUCACGAGGGGCGGACGACUGCUGGUUCGGCGGCGAGUAGCCUGCAGCAUUUGCUCGUCGUCGUGAUGAGUUUGCCCCUCAAUCCCAAACCUUUCCUCAACGGAUUAACAGGGAAGCCAGUAAUGGUGAAACUUAAGUGGGGAAUGGAGUACAAAGGCUACCUGGUAUCUGUAGAUGGCUAUAUGAACAUGCAGCUUGCAAAUACAGAAGAAUACAUAGAUGGAGCCUUGUCUGGACACCUGGGUGAAGUUUUAAUAAGGUGUAAUAAUGUCCUUUAUAUCAGGGGUGUUGAAGAAGAGGAAGAAGACGGAGAAAUGAGAGAAUAGCAUCUUUUGUGGGAAUUUUUUUUUAUAUAUUUCUAGACAAUAAAAAUUUGUUUUUUCAACUUGA